UGUAUUGUGACUGUCCAUAUUUGAGUCAGGCGUAACUGAGUUUUGUAAAGAAAUAUAUAUUUGUAUCUAAACUUUCCGUAGUUAUAUUUUUUCUGUUGCAUUCAUAACAAUGAAUAGAUGUUGCCAUGCUCACUUCUAAGUGGCUAUAAUUUUUACCUGAAUUCCUCUUUGAAUACGACAAAAGGCGAUACUACUUAACAGUACAGAUAAUAUUUUUAUCAACGCGGUCUCUUUAGACACGGUCUGGCUAGGAGUGAUUUAAAUAAGUUGUGACAGUCGGAAAACAAACACAUUGUUGAUGAACAAAAAAAUUACAAGCAUCAAGCGAAACAGUGCAAAAAAAUUAACCAGUUAAAAUAUAAAUGGAAGAAAAAAAAUACGAAUACACAAGCAUGGAGAUAAAACCUAAAAAUGGCAGCAUUAAGUACCAACUACUUAUUGUAGCUUGCAUCAACGUUGGACAGGUCAUCGUCGGCUACAGUGUUGGAUGGUCAGCUCCCAUCCUCCCUAAACUGAAGAACAUUGACGAGACACCGUUAACUGAUGUCGUAACUGAUUUGGAAGCAUCAUAUAUUGGGUCCUUACUUUACAUCGGCUCUAUGAUUGGGCCGUAUAUAACAAGUAUCUUUUCAAAUGUGGUGGGACGGAAACCUUGUCUUCUGAUCGGCGGAUUGCUGAACAUCCUUGCAUAUGUUCUGGUAAUCACAACCAAGGAUAUAGCUAUGGUGUACGCUGUCAGGAUAAUAUCCGGUCUCGGAAUGGGAAUUACAAUUGUUGGAAAUAUUGUUUACGUCGGCGAAAUAGCGUCCACGAAUAUCCGGGGUAUCCUGCUGACCUCAACGUCGAUCAUUGGUAUAUUCGGUACACUCCUGGUUUAUGCCGUAGUGCCUUACGUUUCCUACUCUCAGUCCGGUUACAUCGCUUUGGUUAUAAGUGUAAUACACGUGGUCGGUGUCUGCUUCAUACCAGAAUCUCCGGUCUAUUACGCUAUAAAAGACCGACCUGUCAGUGUCACAAAGACCCUAGACCUGCUCGGUAGAUCGGCAGACGUGGACAAAGUUCUGGAAACAUUUAGCAGGAAGAAGGGCGAAACAACCAGCAAGAUUCGGGAUUGGACGGAAAUAUUCACAGUUAAAUCCAAUAGAAUGUCUCUCUUCCUGACUUUCACACUGGGGGCCUUCCAGCAAACCAGUGGCGUGGCUGUUGUGUUGUUUUUCGCGACAACCAUCUUCGACACAGCUGGUUCAUCGAUCCGACCAGAUUUAGCGACUAUUAUUAUAGGUGUGACGAGACUCUUGUCCAGUUUAAUUGCACCGUCCUUCGUUGAAAGAUCUGGAAGAAAAAUUCUGUUGUUAAUUUCCAUGGCUGCGUGUGCUUUCAGCUUGUUGAUUUUAGGUCUAUAUUUUUAUUUGGACAGAACACAUGUAGCUUUCAUAAAGAACAUUGGCUGGCUGCCAUUGGUCGCGUUAAUAGUUUAUUUCUUUUGUUACGAAGCUGGAUUCGGUACGAUUCCAAACGCGAUAGUUGGUGAAAUGUUCAGAGCAAAUGUUCGUUCAAACGGUUCUGCUUUGGCGAUCACUUUAACUUGGCUGGUAGGUUUCGGCCUCACAACCAGCUUCACUACGAUGGUAAAAGUUUUGGGCGGUGACGUCACGUUUUGGAUAUUCGGCGGCUCGUGUGUCCUAGCCUUUCUUUUCACUUUCUUCUUCUUGCCGGAAACAAAAGGAAAAACAUUAAAUGAAAUACAAGAUAUGUUAAGUUGAAUAUUUUAUAA